CAUCCAUGGUAUUGUGUUCUGGGGUGCGGUAAAUAAGAGUGGGGAAAGCUAACGUCCUUGUCCAUUCAAAAAGUAAAGAUAGAAGAUGACGUGUAACAGGCGACCUUUCCGUCCGCUGCGUAACCCUGACGCCUCCCCAGCGUUUCCCAUAUAAACCCCUUGCCCGCCCUCGAUUUUCACCCUAACAGACGCUCUCAGGUCUCAGCAUCUUCGAUUCUCAACUACAAUGGCUAUCAAUGAUCCCGAAAACAGAGAAGAGGAGGAGGAAGCCGCCGCCGCCGAAGACGAAGACACCGGAGCGCAGGUUGCUCCGAUCGUCAGGCUUGAAGCAGUCGAGGUCAUUAACGGUGAAGAAAACGAGGAUGCAAUACUCGAUCUUAAGUCGAAGUUGUAUAGAUUCGACAAGGACGGGAAUCAGUGGAAAGAACGAGGCGCCGGAACCGUUAAGCUUCUAAAGCAUAAAGAAACUGGAAAAGUUCGUCUUGUUAUGCGUCAAUCAAAAACCCUAAAGAUCUGCGCCAAUCAUCUCGUUCUACCGACGACAUCGGUUCAAGAACACGCUGGUAAUGACAAGUCAUGCGUGUGGCAUGCUGCCGACUUUUCUGAUGGUGAACUUAAAGACGAACUUUUCUGCAUUAGAUUCGGAUCAGUUGAUAAUUGCAAAAAGUUCAUGGAAACAGUUGAAGAAGUGGCAGAGUCACAGCAGCCGGAGAAGGAGGAAAACAAAGAUGCCUCAAAUGCUGCUGGACUGCUGGAGAAUUUGACUGUUAAAGAUAAGACAGAAGAAGGAAAAGAAGUCAAAGAGGCAUCUGCUGAUGCACCAAAGAAGGAGGAGAAAGAGCCUGAAAAGGCAGCAGAGUCAGAGGAGAAGAAGGAAGAAGCUUCCCCUGCUUCCUCAACUUAAAAUGUGGCCUUAUGAGGUUAAGUAUUCCUUCUUGAUCACGUGUCCAGACAAAGAGAACUUUGAUGGGUGGUUUUAUAUUUGAAUUAGGUCUAUUGGGGGUUUUGGUGAAAACAUUUGGUUUUGAUUUUGUCAUCAUAUUGCAUGUGUUUGUUUUGUGUCAUUGAUAUAGUUUGGUUUUGGUGGGUUUUUACGGAUGGUAUUAUUAGUGUACAUCUGUUUGAGGGAUAUGCUUGUGAUAUUGCAUGAGUUUGUGAUUUAAGUGUCGUAUAAAAACAAUUUAUCAUUUGUUACCUUGAUUUAAAACUUUUCAAUUUUGAUAUCUUUAAUCAUUGUGUGUGUCAAAGUGGUUUAAUAUUUCAGAACUUGUAGUUUGCUUGAAUGGCUUGUCAAUUGUUUGGUCUAUGGUUUGUUGCAUUGUAUUGUAAAAUUUAAGGGAAAUUGAGUAAUCUAACUAAUAUGAAUGUCAUUUUUGACAAAAAUAAUCAUUUUUUUGUUUUGUUAAUUGACCGCAUUGUCCGGAAUUAUACAUUCUAGAGUUUUCGGAAUCACAUAACGCCAUUCGGAACUACUUUUGUAUUUUUUUUGUGUAAGUUUAAAUUAAUAGUUGGUUAAGUGGUUGUUUACUUUUAGUUUUGAAAAAAAAAACUGUUAUAAAUAUGGAAUUGCAUGAAAAUACUUAAAUCUAUUGUAAAAAAUAAUAACUACAUAAACUUCAAUAUGUUUAAAUAAUAAUAUAAAUGGAUUUUUUUUACAACGACGAGUUAGUAUAUGUUUGAGUUUAAGUACCCCUUUGUUAGCUAAGUGGGUUAGCCCCAACUUGUAUUUUUUUUCUUUGUAUAACAUACAAUUUUCGCAAAUCACCUUCGAGACUUGAUUCAGGUUUGGGUGCAACCCAUGCUCAAAGAUUUGCCACCGAUCAACUGAUCAAGCUCUCUAGAAAGUAACACAAGAACACUCCACAAUCUCUUUAUCGUGAGAUUGUUGUGGUACGUCUGUGCCAUUUAAAAGGGGUGUGUAAACUCUCAAUGGAGAUUACAUCAAUGAGUUUGAUACCACUAUAGUUGAUACCCACUAACAGUUUGUGGAUAGGGGCUCACAUAACUAUAAAGCAAGAUGUAGAUUCAAAAAAACAGUCUUCGUCCAAGAAACUAUCAUAUAUCGUAAAUGUGAAGUCUGGAAAUACAUAACUCCCAAAGACCGGUGGCCCUAAGGUUUGGGUGCAACCUUCUGUGCUCAAAGAUUUGCCACCGAUCACUGAUCAAGCUCUCUAGAAAGUAAUACAAAAACACUCCACAAUCUCUUUAUCGUGAGAUUGUUGUGGUACGUCUGUGCCAUUUACAAAUGGGUGUGUAAACUCUCAAUGGAGAUUACAUCAAUGAGUUUGAUACCACAAUAGUUGAUAUCCACUAGCACUUUGUGGAUAGAGGCUCACAUAACUAUAAAGCAAGAUGUCGAUUCAAAAAAAUAGUCGUCGUCCAAGAAACUAUCAUGUAUGGUAAAUGUGAAGUCUGGAAAUCUAGAACUCCCAAAGACCAGUGGCCCAAGGUAUAUUAAUAGGGAUA